UCACACGAUCGCAUCGCAGCUCAGUGAAGUGCAGCUAGGUGUGACGGAGACUGUGAAAACUACUUGAUAUCGCGAUGCAAUCGAACUUCAUGUGGCUGGUAGCCUUGAUGGCAAUCGGGAUCUGUCUGGCCAUGCCCGCUGGUGAGGAUGCCCAGGCGGAGACCAUCAAACUGGAGAGCGAGAACACUGGCGACAAAUAUUCCUUUGCCUAUGAGACGAGCAACGGAAUCUCACGCACGGAGACCGGUGAGGUAAAACCUGGAGCCGGUGAAGAGGAUGGCUCCUUGUCUGUCCAAGGGUCCACCAGUUGGUCAGCUCCAGAUGGCAAAAAAUACGAGAUUAGCUUCACGGCCGACGAGACCGGCUACCAUCCCAAGUUCAGGCUGGUAGCCUAGGAGAUACCUGGAUGUAAAUUGAUCCGGAUCCGAAUAAUUAAGUUGACUUCAAUUAUCCGAUGGAAAGAAUCGUAGGCUAUAUAUAAAAUAUUUUAUAUAUCUGAGGAAGCUCCCGAUUUUAAUUGACGUCACUAAGAUGGGCUGGAUUUUUAGAAAUAUAAUACAAGCUCAAUGAAUUGUUAAAAAUUUGAAUAAUUAAAUAUUUAUGAACGCGAUUCUUUUUAGCCUAUAGGUUAAUUUAAAUUUUA